AUGGAGCGCAACAGUCUCGCACCCGACUUUCUACAAGAUGAUCACCCUGCACGUCUACCAUCAACCGUGCCUCCAGCCGGCUCACUCGAUGUCGCUGCACCAGCUUCGACACCGCCGCGGUACACGCCACUUCGUCUUGUAUGCUCAGAUCCUUCCGCGCCGCCUCUUCUCCCCUGCUCACAAACCGCAACACUCUCGUCCACCAACUCUGAGCCAGGCGCCUCUCCCCCACCGCGCGCCCCAACAAUAAUCUACCCCCUCCUCCCCUCCCUGUCCGACCGGGAACUCCCUUACUUCUACAGGGGCGCGCAAAUCGGGCUCGAAAAUAUCCUGGACGAUUAUCUGGGGAAUCCGAAUAUGAGUCUUCUCGAAGUGCUGGCGGAUUUGGAGGACAAGAGGCCGCUUGUUGGACUGGUCAGAGAGGAUUGGGAGAGGAGGUGUAUUGUUGAGGGGGCGAAAUGGAUUAGAGAAAGUGUGGGUAGGUGGUGGGUGGAGUUUGUUGGGGAGGGGAGCCAGGGAGAUGUUGAGGAAGAAGAGGGCGAGGAUGGGGACGAGGUGGUCGACAAAGGGAUCGACGACGCGCUGGAUGAUACGGUGGAUGGGGUGCUGGCUGGAGAGGAGAUCGAAGAGGUCCAUCGUAUGGAUGUGGACGAAGAUGAUCAUGUUGCACAUGUGAGAGGGGAGUCUGGGGUGAAAUCAGACAGUCGUGGGUUCAUUGGGCAUGAAACAGAUCCUCGCACCGGGCAUGGGCUUGAUGGUGAAGCAGAAGAGGCGCCGGAAGAGGCAGAUGAGACAGACAGCGGCAGAGAAGAUGGGGCACCACGCGCGGACGGUCUGGACGUGCUGAACGCAGACAUCGAUGAGCUUGACGCUUCGGCUGCUGGAGUUGAAGACCUGAGCAGUAGCGAGGAGGAUCGGAACGAGAAGGAAGUGCGUGUUGUCAUUUGCAUACUAAGGCUGCUAGGGCGGUGGAUCGAUCUGCAGGUUGAACAUGUAUCUAAGAGUGACUGA